CUCCGGGCCCCGGAGGUCGCGGCCGGUCCCGGGGCUCGGGCGGCAGCGCGGCGGCUGCGAAGAGCCGCCCCCCCCUUCCCUCCCUCCUCCUCCCCGGCCUCGCCGCGGCCCCUUCAUGGACAGAAACUACCCGAGCGCUGGCUUCGGGGACCCGCUCGGCGCCGGGGCGGGAUGGAGCUACGAGCGGACAGCCAAAGCUAGCUUGGUGUACGGCGGCUCCCGGGCGUCGCACCCUGAGACGGACAUUUUGCACAGACAGGCCUACGCCGCCCCCCACCCGCUUCAAGGCUAUGCUACCAACCACCAUGCCACAGGGCUGUCGGGCUUGUUCGAGACGGGCCUCCACCACGCUGGCUCGGCCGCCCCAGAUGCCUCCGUCAUGAACCUCAUCUCGGCCCUGGAGUCGCGGGCCCCCCAACCCGGCCCGUCUGCCUCCUCGCUGCUCUCCCAGUUCCGCACUCCCUCCUGGCAGACAGCCAUGCACACCCCGGGCCCCACGGAGCUGUUCAUCUCGGGGGCCCUGCCGGGCUCCGGGACGUUUCCGUCGUCCUCGGCCCUGUCGGCCUACCAGCACCCGGCGGCCUCCUUCGGGGGACGCAGCUUCCCGGUGCCGUCCUCCCUGGGCCUGCAGGAUGCCCCCUUCAGCCCCCCCGCCAACGGGCUGCUCUCCCCGCACGAGGUCCUCCACCUGAAGCCCUCCCAGCCGGCCAGCGUGCCCUCCUCGCUGGGCUUCGACCGCUUGCUGGGCCCCGCCCAGACCCCGCCCUACCGUCCCGGCCCCCCCGACCCGGCCCCCCGCCACCUCCCCGCCCAGUUCAACCUGCUGUCCUCCUCCCUGGGGGGCGCGGCGGGCGAGCAGGGGGCUCCCCCGCCGCAGCUGUACAACGCCUCGGUCUUCUCGGGCGCCGCCGGCCCCCCGCCGCCCCCGCCCCCGCCCGAGCGGGCCCUCCCGCGCCAGGACAGCGUCAUCAAGCACUACCAGCGGCCGGCCAGCGCCCAGCCCCCGCCCCCGCCGCCGCCGCCCACCCACUCCCUGCAGCACUACCUGAGCUGCGGGGGCAGCUACGCGGGCAUGGGGCACCGGGCCGGCCUGGCCUGCAGCCCCCUGGGAGGGGAGGCCUCGCCGGGGGGCGGCGAGGGGCCCGCGGGCAAGGCCGGGCAGCAGGGCGCGGGCGGGGGCCAGGGCGCCGGGGGGCCCGGAGGCCGGGCGGGCGGCGGGCCGGGGGCCGGGGAGGCGGGGGCCGGGGGCGGGCAGGGCGCGGGCGGGGGGCCCGGCGGCCCCGGCUACCGGCCCAUCAUCCAGUCGCCGGGCUACACGACGGCCAAGGCGGCCAAGGGCUACGGGGCCGGGGGCGGCGGGCGGCCCCCGCCCCCGCGCUCGACGGCCACCCCCAAGUGCCAGAGCCUGGGCGGCGCCGGCUACUCGGCCGGGACCCCCAAGGCGGGGGGCGGGGGCGGCGGGGGCGGGGGCGGCGCCGGGCAGGCCUACUCGCCCGGCCAGCCCCAGAGCCUCCUGGCCAGCCAGGGCUACGGCGUGUCGCCGGGGCCGCCGGGCUUCGGGGCCGGCCAGGCCCAGGACCUGAGCAAGGGACCCGGCUACUCGGGCGGGGGCCCGCCGGCCCCGCCGCCGCCGCCGCCGCCGCCGCCCCCGGGCCUGGCCACCUGCCAGAGCUUCUCGCCCGAGCAGCUGCAGAGCCUGCCCUACGCCGUCCAGGGUGACGGCUACGCGGCCUCGGCCCACGCCCAGGGCCUGCCGGCCGCCAGCCCCUCCCUCAGCUACAGCACCGGCCACUCGCCCGCCCUGUCGGGCCACGGCCACUACGGCCACGGCCCGGCGGCCCUGGCCGGGGGCGGGGACUCCAGCCCGUCCCAGAUCAUCCGGCCCCUGCAGUCGCCCCCGGCGGCCGGGGGCCGGCCCCAGCAGGGCGUGGGCAGCCCGGGGGCCUCGGGCAAGUACCUCAGCUCCGUGCUGGCCUCCCCGUCCUUCCUGCCCCCGCCGGGGGGCGGCUACCCCGGGGGCGGCCUGGAGCGGGCCGGCGGGGGCGGGGCCGGCGGCUACGGCAAGGGCAAGGGGGAGGCGGAGUCCCUGCUGGGGGCGGGCGGCGGGGGCGGGGCCGGCGGGGGGACCGGCGGGGGCGCGGGGGGCGGCGGGGGGGCCGCCGAGCGCACGGAGGACGAAGACUUCCUGAUCCAGCACCUGCUGCAGGCGCCCAGCCCGCCGCGGGGCGGGCCGGAGGGGCUGGUGGAGUGCGAGGAGCGGGGCGGGGGGGCCGGGGGCGGGCCGCCGCCCCCCCAGGCCCCCAAGGGGCUGGUGGCCGGCUACGAGCUGGGCAAGGAGGAGCAGCAGCGGUACCACCUGCAGAGCGUCAUCCGCACCAGCGCCAGCCUGGACGAGGCCGGGGGCCUGGAGCUGGGCCUGGCCGGCCUGAAGGAGAAGAAGAAGGGCGGGGCGGGCGAGCGGCCCCCGCCGCGCGGCACCCCGGAAGCCCUGGCCACCUCGGUCGUCCACUACGGGGCCAAGGAGCUGGCCGGGCACGGCUACCUGCAGAAGACGCCGCCGCCGCCGCCGCCGGCCUCGGCCGCAGCCGCCCAUCACGGCCUGCUCCUGGAGGGCGCCGGGGACCUGCCCCUGGGCCUGGCCCCGCCCGGCCCGGCCCCUCAGCCCCAGCUGCUGCCCUCCGUGCUGAGCCACGCGCCCAGCCCCCAGCCCCCGCCGCCCCCGCCGGCCCGCAAGGGCCGGCCGCCCGGCCUGGACGUCCACCUGCUGGAGGGCCCGCGGGGCCUGGCCCCGGACGGGGGGCCCGGCGGGCCGCAGCUGCAGAUGCAGGCGCUGGAGGCCCACCUGCACGGGGUGGCCGCCGGCGGCCGGCUGCUGGACGAGGCCCCCAGCCCUCGCCUCCGGGCCGACCUGGCCCCCGGCGGCCUGGACCCGGGCCCCGCCAUCCAGGACUUCCUGGACCCCGAGCUGGGCGGGCUGGAGGGUCACCUGGCCCCGGCGGGGGCCGGCCCGGGCCCCGGCGGGCCGCCCCCUCCCCACCCGCCGCCGGGGCCCCCCGAGCCCAAGGACCGCUACCGGAGCCCCAGCCCGCAGGGCCCCAAGCCGCCCCGCUUCGUCCCGCUCACGUCCAUCUGCUUCCCGGACGCUCUGCUGCAGGACGAGGAGCGCGGCUUCUUCCCCAGCAUGGAGGACAUGUUCUGCGCCGGCCCCCCUGACGACUACCCCAAGCCCGGCGGGGGCCAGGGCCAGGAGGACGAGGACGAGGACGACGACGACAACAACGAGCCGCCCCCGCCGCCGCCGCCCGCGGGGCCCAAGGGGCCGGGCGGGGGGCCCGCGGCCGCGGCCGGCUACGGACUGCAGGGCUACGGGCCCUACUGCGGCGGGCCGGCCGCCGGCCAGCCCCCGCCCUCGCCCCCGGGCCUGGGGCUGGAGCCCGGCAAGCCGCCCGAGCUGCCCUCCACCGUCAACGCCGAGCCGCUGGGGCUGAUCCAGGCGGGACGGCAGCCGGCCCCGCCCCCGCCCCUGCCGCCCCCGCCGCCCCCGCCCGAGCCCAAGGGCGGCCUGAGCUCGCCCAUCUUCUGCUCGUCCAAGCCCAAGAAGCUGCUCAAGACGUCGUCCUUCCACCUGCUCCGCCGCCGGGACCCGGCCUUCCAGCCGCCCAAGAAGCUGUACGCGCAGGAGUACGAGUUCGAGGCCGACGAGGACAAGGCCGACGUGCCGGCCGACAUCCGCCUCAACUCCCGCCGCCUGCCCGACCUGCUCCCCGACCUGGUGUCCAGCUGCCGCUCGCGCCCGGCCCUCUCCCCCCUGGGGGACAUCGACUUCUGCCCGCCGGCCCCCGGCCCCGCCGGCCCCCGCCGCCGCGGCCGCAAGCCCACCAGGGCCAAGCGGGACGGGCCGCCCCGACCCCGCGGGAGGCCCCGCACCCGGCCCCUGGCCGAGCCCCCCGGCCCCGCCGGGACCCCCAGGCCGGGCCCCGGCGGCCCCCAGCCGGACGGGGCCAAGAGGCCCCGGGGCCGCGGGCGAGGCCGGGGCAGGAAGGCCGAGGAGGGGGACGGCCUGGAGCUGCUCAAGCCCCUCAAGAUCAAGCUGCCGGUGCCUAAGGCGGGCGAAGGCGCGGCCCCGCUGGGCGUGGGCGAGGCGGCCGGGGUGGCCCCCGCGGAGGGCGGCCUGGACAGCUGCCAGACCCGCGAGAAGAUCAAGCAGAAGAUCAAGGAGGUGGAGGAGCAGCAGCCCGAGGUCAAGUCCGGCUUCAUGGCCUCCUUCCUGGACUUCCUCAAGUCCGGCAAGCGGCAGCAGCUGCCCACCGCGGCCGGGCACCCUCCCAGCCCCCCCAAGGCCGCGCGCCCGGCCGCCCCGGCCCCGGCCCCGCCGCCGCCGCCCCCCUUCGGGCUCGGGGGGGCCCUGGAGGCGGCCGAGAGCGAGGGGCUGGUGGGCAUGGGCUGCCCCUCGCCCUGCAAGCGCCUGGACGAGGAGCUGAAGCGGAACCUGGAGACGCUGCCCUCCUUCUCCUCCGACGAGGACGACUGCGUCUCCAAGAACCGAGACCUGCAGGAGAGCAUCUCCUCCGCCAUCUCCGCCCUGGACGACCCCGCCGACCGCCGCGACGGAGACGCACCAGACGUCCCCGUCCUGGAGGAGAAGCCGGCCCCCUCCCCGACCCCGUCCUCCCCGUCCCCGCCACCCCCGCCCCCGGCCUCCCCCGAGGCGGAGGAGCCCCCGGACGCCAGGCCCCUGCACCUGGCCAAGAAGCAGGAGACGGCGGCCGUGUGCGGGGAGACGGACGAGGAAGCCGGCGAGAGCGGGGGCGAGGGCAUCUUCCGGGAGCGCGACGAGUUUGUCAUCCGGGCCGAGGACAUCCCCGCCCUCAAGCUGGCGCUGCAGACGGGCCGCGAGCCGCCACCCAUCUGGCGGGUGCAGAAGGCCCUGCUGCAGAAGUUCACGCCCGAGAUCAAGGACGGCCAGCGCCAGUUCUGUGCCACCAGCAACUACCUGGGCUACUUCGGCGAUGCCAAGAACCGUUACCAGCGCCUUUAUGUCAAGUUUCUGGAGAACGUCAACAAGAAAGACUACGUGCGCGUGUGUGCCCGCCGGCCCUGGCACCGCCCGCUGCAGCCCGUCAGGCGCCCCGGACAGCCCAAGGGUCCCGGGGGAGCAGGCGGGGGGGGCACCAAACCCUCCGCUCCGCCGCCCAAGCCCGAGCCUCCCGAGAAAGGGCCGGAGAAGCCCACCCCUCCCGCCCCGGAGCGCCCCGCCCUGACCCCCGCCGCCGAGAAGGAGCGCGGACCCCGCGGGGAGCGGGGACCCCGAGGGGAGAGGGCAGCGGGCGCCAGGCCCCCCCGACCCGAGCGGGGGACCCCCCCCGGCCCCGAGCCGGCCCGGCCGCCCCGGCCCCCCAAGGCCCGCCCCCCGAGGGUGAAGGCCGAGCCGCCCCCCAAGAAGCGGAAGAAGUGGCUGAAAGAGGCGGCGGCCGGGGGCGGGGACAGCUCCUCGGACUCGGACUCCUCGCCGGGGCCCCCCAGCGACCACGACCGGAGCGUGCCCGGCCGCCUGCUGAAGACGCGGGCCAUGAGGGAGAUGUACCGCAGCUACGUGGAGAUGCUGGUCAGCACCGCCCUGGACCCGGACAUGAUCCAGGCCCUGGAGGACACGCACGAUGAGCUGUACCUGCCCCCGAUGAGGAAGAUCGAUGGGAUCCUCAAUGAGCACAAGAAAAAAGUUCUCAAGAGGCUGUCGCUGAGCCCGGCCCUGCAGGACGCCCUGCACACGUUCCCUCAGCUGCAGGUGGAGGCCGGCGGCGUGGAAGGGGGCGGCCCCGGGGCCGCCGUGCGGCUGCGCCCCGCCGGGGAGCCCUACAACCGCAAGACGCUCAGCAAGGUCAAGAGGAGCGCCACCCGCGCCCAGGAGUUCAAGGUGGAACUGGACAAGUCGUCCUUCUACACCCUGUACCACGCCCUGCAUCACUACAAAUACCACACCUUCCUGCACUGCAAGGACCAGACCACAGCCAUCGAAGGCGGGGCGGAGGAUCUGGGGCAGGAGGAGGUGGUGCAGCAGUGCAUGCGAAACCAGCCGUGGCUGGAGCGACUCUUCGACGCCUUCAGCGACCUCCUGGCCCAGGCGCAGAGCCGCUGCGCGUGACCCGGGCCCCGGAGCCCCCUCCUCCCACCCUGGACCCCGGGCACCCACCGGGCGGGCGCGGGCCCCGGUGCGGCUGUGGGGGCCGGG